GGAAGGUGGAGCAGACUGAGUAUGGCUACCGUAUCACUUGUGGAGACAGCAGGGCGGUGCUGCUCCUGAAGAAGUUUGUGUGCCCUGGGAUCAACGUCAGAUGUGUCCAAAUCACACUCACUGCAGAGAGAUCGUCUGUCUGCUUUGGCCUGAGAAGCCGUCUCACUCCCAGCAUUUAUCGCACUCAGCUGCUUCUUGGAGAAAACGGAGCUUCAUCUGGGAUUUCACACACAUGCCGCUCAGCACUUUCCCACCUUUGCUGUCAGACAAACCCAGCAGAGGUGUGAAGUCCACAUCAACAGGACUGGCCAAUGCUCUCUUGUUACACACACAGUCAGGCCUUGCUUUGCUCCUUCACACUGUCAGUUUGAUGACCAGCUCAUUAGUCCUAAGCAAUUUGUGCACCUGGCAGGGAAAGCUACUCUGAAGGACUGGAAGAGAGCCAUCAGAGUGGGAGGGGUCAUGCUCAGGAGAAUGAUGGACUCUGGGGAGAUAGAUUUCUAUCGGCACAAUCACAUGUGCAGCAACACCUGCCGCAGCACUAAAUUCAACGUCCGGACCAACGGCCCACGGCCCUCUAUGGGGACCCCCAUGCAACCAGGCUCAUCCUGUGUGGCCCCUCAGCCGUCUGGAGGACAGGUGCCCCCCAUGACAGAGCUCUUGUCCCCCCAUGAUGCAGCAGAGGGGCGUUUGGAGAACGAGAGCAGAGCAACAGCAGGCUGGAGUAGUGGUCUGCCACGGCUUGUACAUUUCACAGCAUCCAGUUGGCAUUCUCUCAAGAGAAAGAGAGCUGACACACCUGAUGGAGUCCUGCGUCUGUGGAGGGGCGUGGCAGACUCGGGCCUGAUGGGGGAAGUUCUUUCAAGUGUCCAGAGUGAACUGUUGACAGCUCUCCAAAGAGUGGAGCUUUGCAGGGAAAAGGCCGACCUGCAGGAAGCAGAUACUUUCAUGUUGAAUUCCCUGUGUGAGAUGUUUGGGCUUUUGGAGUCAGUGAAACAAACUGUGGACAUAAGAUGCAGGCAGAGUGAAGAGAGCAAAAUCCAUCACCGUGUUUAUGCGCUGAAUGAUAUCCUGGGGGAGGGGAGCAAGCUGAGUUGCAGAUCUUACACAAACUCCUCCUCAAAACAGUAUCAGAGCCGGAAGAACCGCCGCACCCAGCGGGACACUGCAAAAACAAAGACAGGGAUCUGUUCUCUGUCUGAUGUCGACUUGGGAUCUGCAUCCCACAAUGGGAUUUUCCCCCAGUCCUCUUCCUUCACUGAUCCUCGGGUUGGAGCUAGCAAGGCAUGCGGGGAUGGACAGGGCAGUCUGAGGGAGCAUGAGGUCAGCAGGGCAGGAAAGCAGGAGACGGCUCAGAGACAGGAGGACACCGUUGUGAAUGGACAGAGGUCAGACAAGCUUUUGGGACUCUGCCAACUGAAAAGGGAGGAUGUUGGGGACAAAGAAAGUCCAAGCAAAAGCAGAGAAGAAGAGAAACAUAACAAUAUGGCAAAAAUGUGAGGGAAUGUUAAAAAAUGCCAAGAUAAAAUGUUCAAAGGUUUUAGGUGGGUGGUAUUUUGAGCACAGCCUCCCCAGCACUUCUAAGAAGAACAUUGGCCUGUAAGGAGAUUAUCUGCGUUGAUGUUGUUUACUCCUGUUUCUGAACGACACAUAAAUGAGUUAUCAGGAUUGUUGUUUCUCCUGCAGCGCGGAGACAAGACAAAUGUAAUUCCCGAUCUCAAAACAACAAAAAUCAAGAAAACAAAAGCUGUUAUGAAGCCAAACUUUACUUGAUCAUAUUUCCUUGAUUUUGAUCUUAUCUCACAUUUUCUGUCACUUUUCACGAGAUCUCCUUGACAUUUUUCAGUUAAAUGCCACUCUCACCAUUUUUGGAUCUUUUUUAAAAGCAUUCUUAGUGGUCGUGUAACCCUUGUUCUAUCCUAGGCCCUUUAACGUCGGGAGUUGGGUCAUCUAGACCCACUAGACAGUGCU